AUGGAAGAAGCCUCCACUGCAGUGGUUCCUAGCUUUCUCGUCAAACUAUGGGCAAUAGUAGAUAAUACCGACUUGGACAACGUGAUUCGCUGGAGCGAGGUAAAGGCCUACACAGGGAGAGGAGUGGGUGUUGAGAGGGAUGUGGCCUCAGAAAGGUGUGGGAAGAUGUGGGAAAAUUUAGGGCUGGUGAAACAUCUGAGAGAAUUUAAUUAUGAUGGACCUCAUUUCUCUCCAGUUGUUCGGCUACAAAGACCUGAUGGUUUCCGAAAGGUGAUUGGAUUGGCGCUUGAAAAGACUGGCCCGAAUGCAUCAGCUGUGGAAUUUCAACAUCCACUCUUCAAAAAGGGUGGAAAAAGCUUUCUAGAAAACAUCAAGCGCAAAGUGCCCUCAGAGAAAAUGCAGCAUGUGAAAAUCUCAAAUGAGAUGCACAGAAUGAUGACUGAAGUGCAAGAGAUGAAUAACAAACAGAAUAACAUGGAUGCCAAGUUUGAAAAACUGAAAAAGCAAUAUGCAACACUUUGGCUUGAAAUGAAAAAUCUGAGACAGAAGUAUGGUGAGCAACAGCAGGUGUUAACUCAGAUUCUUCAGUUUAUCUUGAGUGGGAUAAGUGAGAAUCAUAUAGUAAACAAAAAUAGAAAAAGGUCAUUACCAGUCAUAUCUGAAGUUUCAGCUUCCAAAUGUGCUCGUCCGUAUUUCCAUAUUCCAGAGGAGAAGGAGAAAGAAGCUAUGGAGAUAUUAAAAGAUGGUUAUGCACUUAUUGAAGACAAAUAUAAAAAUCUCCUUGACAGUGAUUUACCUACUUUGAAAGAUGAAUACAAAAACUUAGUUUCAUCUGUGGACCAAACAAAUGAAGACCAUGGAAAAGAUCCUAAAAUGUCAAGCCAAGAUGUACCUAUGUGUGAAGAUUCAGUGAUCACUGAUUUGAGUUUGGCAAUACCAGAUUUACAAGACCUAAUGACUGUGGAAUCCUUUGUACAAGAAACUAAAGAUAUUUCUUUGGAGUUAGAGUCUCUGCUUUCUCAGGACAUUGAUUCAGUCUUGACUGAAGAUAAAUCAGAUAUUCAGUGUGAUACUACGAUGAACAGGGAUGAAAUGAACUACAUUAGUGGAGAUUUGAUGGAACUAAAGUCACCUCUGUACAAGAAGAAUGUGAAUUACAGCUCUGAUCAUGCCAGUGAGCCAGUCAGUUUUGAACUUCUGAAUCUGAUGACAAAUGAAAAUGAAACUUUACUCAAUGUGCAUGUUAUGGCAGAAACAGACAAUCUAAGUUUAAUGAAAAAUCAAGAAGGAGAAAUAAGUCUACUUGAUGCCAGUGGAAAAGAAGGUGAGAUGCUGAUGAAUGACUUUGGAGGACUUCAAGAUUCUAGUGACCUCUAUUUGGAUGAUCUGAAGAACUCAUCAAAUGUCUUACCAAAUUUAUGUGACCAUGAUUAUAUAUCCGUGAAUAUUCCUUCUCAACAAUAUGUUGCAAAUCCUACUGAAAACGUUAUGCCCUACUUAUGCAUGGAAACCAGUGGAGAGUGCAAGCUAUUCCCCUUCCUCUUGCCUAACUCUGGUACCAAUUUUGUUGAAGAAGCCACUAAAAUUGACCCUUCUACUUGAAUUUAGUUUGAGCUCCCUUCAGUCUAACUUUCUGAUAGAAAACAGAUAGGAAGUCCUAACUUUGUCUAGUAUAUUUCUCUUUAUUGCUCAAUAUCUGUAACUUAAAAAUGGGUUAAAAUUUUUGUCCUGUCGUACUUAAGCAAAAUAUCAUAGCUGGGAUGAAAUUCAAACCACACAAAAAGAAUAAAAAAUGCAUCAAAGUUAGAAGUUAAUGAAAAGCCUUUUUUUAUUGUUUUAGAGCAACAUUCUUCCUAUACAUUUUGUCCAGAAUAGAAAUUUUUGUUAAAUAACACAAAGUACAGUAGUCUUCUAAAUAAAUAGAAAAUCUGUGUAGCUAGUUUCUGCUUAUAGGAAAAAAAUGUGUCAUCCGAGGGUUUCUUGAGAUAGAUCUGGUUUUGAAAAACAAGAUUAUUUGUUAAUUCUG